AAUCGAGACAACAGACGCAGCAAUUGAUCGGGUUCUGUCUGGUCUGAGACAAGUGGAAAAAAAGAACAAAGAAUAUCGUGAAAAAGAUGAGCUUCUGAAGAGAGAACAGCAGGCGCACAUCAGGCAUGUACUAAGACAAAUAGAAGAAGAAGAGAAAGAACGAGAUGCAAAGGAGGUUGUAACUAGGGAGGACGUGGAAGAGUCCCUGAAAGCAGCCUGGCAGUAUGCCAGGGACAAAGAACAACUUCUGAAAGAUCUGCACUCCCAAAUUGAAGAAACUGACCAAAAACUUGCAGCAACGCAGAGUGAGAGAGAUUAUUGGUUGGAGUACAUAAAUGUAGGGAGUAAAAUACAGGUCAACAAGAUUAUGAAUCUGGAAAAAGACAUUCAGGAAGUCAAGGACGACCUUCAGAGAAGUAAAGAAUAUUACAGAAAUGCUUUGAAAGCAGUGAAAGAAGAAAAUGACAGACUGGUUGAGAGGCACAAGAUGUUAAGCAAGGAACAGGCCCCCGAGAAUGCUGUGAGAUUCUUAGACAAACACAGUCGCAGAGCUAUUGAAGAGAAUGAAUGGCUAAAAGAAGAGAUUAAGAUGUAUCAAAAGGAAGUAAGUGAUUUGCAAGCCUCUAUUCAGCUCCUGGAAGAAGAAAAUAUCGGUUUAGUGACAAAACUGAUUGAAUACAGACUUCAGAAUCUGAGAAAACCCAGGCAUUUGUUUCUCACCCAGGCAGCUGGCCUGCAAAUGGGAUUUCCUAAGGAUGAAAUGAAAGAAGUAGAGUAUAGCGAAUAUGCAGCAAAAGCAGGUGGAGAUGAAAGCCUCAGAAGUGCCACACUCCCCUGUGAGGAAAAACAGGCCUUUGCAAAGAUUCAGUCUAAACCAGAGAACGAGGAGCCACAAGACAGCGACGAGGAGCUACAGGAAAUGUCUUUCACUCCAACUCUCGAUGGCUUCUUGUAUGAAGAUGAAAAAGAUUUCCAGGAAUACCUAGAACUGAGUCCCCUGGAGACACAGCUGAUGUGCGUGGUUGGAAGAGCCAUGUCUAUUCAUAAAGAACCCGAAGAAAUGCCAAGUGGGAGCCACACAGAAGACAGCGUUACUGGUAAAUCCAGCAGGCACAUCACAGCUCAGAUGAUCAAGGACCUCUCUAAAGAGAAAUUAGACAAGCUGUGCCGUUCACAUAGAAAAAUGGCCAAGUGA